GGUGAAGUCGCAAACAGGGGACGAGUGCAUCAUUUCUUAUCCGCGUGGACGUUCUUAUUCGUAUUGAGACUUUUAAUAAUUGAACAAUCGUUCCGUUUAUAUGGAGUCGCGAGGGAAUGGCUGUGGGACAUGUCAGGGGCUCAUGUAAUUCAGAGCUGCAUUCGAGCCAAUUCGGUUUGCUGGUCGUGAACAGACUUGCAUUGCAUAGUCAACGUAUGUUCGUUUAGUCCUCUAUCUCACAGUCCCAGUAAGCUUACCAGUCGCGGGCCAUUCGCGCUCAGAUCCCUGCUGAACCUCACCAAACACGAAACGGUUGUUUAGUUCGGAACGGGAUCUAGGUACACUAUUGCUGUAAAAGCAUAAUGGUCGCUCCCAGCGACGCCAAGCCUGCGGGCAAGGAUGAGGAGAAGAAGGGCGCCAAGGGCAAGAAGGACGAGGAGAAGGAGCCUGAGCUGAGCGAGGAGGAACUUGCGCUGAAAACUAAUCUUGACAUGAUGGUGGAGCGGCUAUCGGACCCGGACGCUGGAGUGGUGAAGCUCGCCCUAGCCAGCAUGAUAGCGGAAAUCCGGUCCGCGACUGCGUCCAUGACCAGUGUGCCCAAGCCGCUGAAGUUCCUCCGAGCCCACUUCGACGCGCUGAAGGCGCGGUUUGACGCCAUGCCCGUGGCGCAGUCGGAAAACCGUGCCUCGCUUGCCGAUGUCAUCUCCAUCCUUGCCACCACCAAGGAGCUCACCCGCGAAGUGCUCAAGUACCGCCUGGCGGGAUCCCCGUCGGACCUGGACAUCUGGGGCCACGAGUAUAUCCGCCACCUGUCGGGCGAGAUUGCGGAGGAGUUCCGCGUGCGGCGCGAGGCCGACUCCUCCGCUUCUGUGGACGACCUCAUGGCUCUGGUCAAACAGAUUGUGCCGUAUCACAUGACGCACAAUGCGGAGCCCGAGGCCGUGGACCUGCUGCUGGAGGUGGAGUCUCUGGACCUGCUUGAGGCGCACGUGGACGAGAAGAACUUCGGCCGCACCUGCCUCUACCUCACCUCCUGCUGUGCCUACCUGCCGGAGCCCGACGACGCCGCAGUGCUGCGGCUGGCGCUGCGCAUCUACCGCGCCCAGGGCAAGCACCACGACGCGCUGCGUGUGGCUCUGCGGCUCAACAGCCGCGAGGACGUGGAGGCGGUGUUCGCGGGCUGUGCGGAGCCGCUGGCCAAGAAGCAGCUGGCCUACCUGCUGGCCAGGCACGGCUUCGCGCUGAACCUGGAGGAGGGGUCGGCGGCGGUGGAGGACGACGACCUGCGGGAGUCGCUGCGCGAGAUCAUCUCCAACUCCAAGCUGAGCGAGCACUACCUGGCGCUGGCCCGCGACCUGGACGUGGUGGAGGCCAAGACGCCCGAGGACGUGUACAAGACACACCUCACCGAGGGCCGCGCGCCCGCCGGCGCCGCCGCCGUGGACUCGGCGCGCGCCAACCUGGCCGCCACCUUUGUGAACGCCUUUGUGAAUGCCGGCUUUGGACAGGACAAGCUGGUCACGGUGUCGGGCGGCGACGCGGGCUCCAGUGGCGAGUCGGUGCACUGGAUCUUCAAGAACAAGGACCACGGCAAGAUGAGCGCCACCGCCAGCCUGGGCCUGGUGACGCUGUGGGACGUGGAGGGCGGGCUGCCGCAGAUCGACAAGUACUUGUACAGCAGCGACAACUACGUAGUGGCCGGCGCGCUGCUGGCCAUCGGCGUGGUGAACGCCUGUGUCCAGAACGAGAACGACCCGGCCUUCGCGCUCAUCAGCGACUACGUGUCCAACGAGGACAUCAACAUACGGACAGGCGCUAUCCUGGGUCUGGGCCUGGCGUACGCGGGCACGGGCCGCGAGGAGGUGUGCGAGCUGCUCAGCCCGCUGGUGGUGGACACGGAGGUGGCGGUGGAGGUGUCGGCGUUCGCGGCUCUGGCCCUGGGCCUGGUGUUUGUGAGCACGGGGCGCGAGGACGUGGUCAUGUCCAUACUGCAGGCGCUCAUGUCGCGCUCCGACGUGGAGCUGGCCACGCCCUACGCCAAGCUGCUGUGCCUGGCGCUGGGGCAGCUGUUCCUGGGGCGCCAGGAGCUGGCGGAGGCAACCACCGAGGUGGCCAGGACUCUGUCUGACCGCAUCAGCCAGUUCGCGGUGGUCACACUGGACAGCUGCGCAUACGCCGGCACCGGCAACGUGCUCAAGAUCCAAGGUCUGCUGGCCAUGUGCGGCGAGCACAUCACCGCCGAGGAGGGGGCCACACACCAGACGUCCCACCAGGGCGCAGCGGUGCUGGGCCUGGCGCUGAUCGCGAUGGCCGAGCCGCUGGGCGGGCAGAUGGCGGGGCGGCUGCUGGAGCACCUGCUGCAGUACGGCGACCCGACCGUGCGGCGCGCUGUGCCCCUGGCCAUUGGGCUGCUGCACACCGGCAACCCGGACGUGCUGGUGAUGGACACGCUCAGCCGGCUCAGCCACGACCAGGACGCCGAGACCGCCAACAACGCCAUCGUGGGACUGGGCUUCCUGGGCGCGGGCACCAACAACGCCCGCCUGGCGGGUCUGCUGCGCGGCCUGGCGUCCUACUACUACAAGGAGCCCACGGCGCUGUUCCUGGUGCGGCUGAGCCAGGGCCUGGUGCACAUGGGCAAGGGCCUGCUCACCAUCAACCCCUACCACACAGACCGCCAGCUGUGCAGCGGCGUGGCGCUGGCGGGCGUGCUGUCCGUGCUGUUCCCCUGCCUGGACCUCAAGGCCACCAUCGGCGGCAAGCACCACUACCUGCUCUACUGCCUGGCGGCCGCCGCCAAGCCGCGCAUGCUGCUGACGCUGGACCCCGAGGGCCGCCCGCUGCCGGUGCCCUGCCGCGUGGGCACAGCGGUGGACGUGGUGGCGCAGGCCGGCAGGCCUAAGACCAUCACCGGCUUCCAGACGCACACCACGCCUGUGCUGCUGGGCGCGGGCGAGCGCGCGGAGCUGGCCACGGAGGAGUGGCUGCCGCUGAGCCCGGUGCUGGAGGGCGUGGUGCUGUGCGCCAAGAACCCGGACUACGUGGAGAUGGAGGAGGGCAAAUAGAGGGGCGGGAGGGGGAAGUUGGGUGUUGCGUGCGUGUGUUUGUGUUUGCCAGUGUGUGUGUGUGUGGAGGGUAUGAUACAGGCUACCAAGGGAAACGAAGGAGGAGCUGGAGGAGGAGGCAGAGGAGGAUUGGGCGGCGGCGGAGGAGGAGGAGUGGUGUGUGUAGGAAUAGCUGCAAGGCAGGAGCAAGGGACUAGGAGGAGCGGUAGGGCUAGUUACACAGGAUGGCCGCAGGUGCGGAGUUGAGGCGCCGUAUGCCAUUGACUAGUGUCGCGGGACAAAUGCGUACGUAGACCAGAGCGGAAGGCGGAGUGGGGCCAUGUUGGGGCGCCGCGUCAUGUGAGUGUAGGGGCGCUGUGCUCCUGGUGGACGUACCUGGGGCGCCCACAAGGUAACGGAGCGAGUGUCGCAUGGGAUAGGACGCGCGACAUGGCGCACAGCGCAGGCACACACAUCGGGACUACGCUUUCCUGCCCCUUGCCAUGUUCCAUCACGAGCGCAGGCACACACAUAGGCAGGCGAAGGCGGACGAGGAGGGGGGCCCAGCCGCCCCGCGAUUGGGGCUAGCGCUGUGUUGAGCUCAUGCAUGCGGAGUGUAGUCGCGGUCGCGCGCUGGAAUGAGCUGGGCGCAUCCAGUUGUGAAGCAGUAUACUGCUCAUAUGCGGCCUUGGUCCUCGUCUCCCACGUGACACCAGACAAGCGCCGACUUUGUCACGCGCGUGGCCUGAACGAAACUU